AUGCCGAACGAAGAGGAGAAUUGUGUACCUCCAAUGAAAAGGCAACGUAUCGAUGCCGGUAUCUCCCCACGGGAGCAGACCUCAGAACCUUCACCUGAUCUUGGCGAGCGCCUACGCUUCGUCAUGCUCUGCAAUGUGUGCCACGAGGUACCACACCCCGAAGAAAACCAUCAGUGCACUCGGGGCCACAUAAUUUGCGAUGAGUGCUGCACACGCAUCCUGGCCGAAGCUGUCCUGCGGAACAAGGAGGCCAAAUGUCCGCAGUGUCGCGUGCGCAUCAGUUGGCCAGAGCUAUCCACCAAUCUGAUACUGAAACAAGCACUGUGGGAGCUACCCAGCCGAUGUGGACAAUGUGACUGUGAGAUAAGUAACAAGUCAUUGGCGCACCAUAUACAGAGCGAGUGCCGGCGGCGGCAGGUGGCUUGCCAGUACCGCUGCCUGGGAUGCGAUUGGCGUGGCUCCUAUGAAGACUGUGCUCCGCACGAGGCCUUCUGCACCUACCCACAUAAGUCGGCUGACGAGAUAUUGGAGGCUUUGCUGGAAAUUGAAUCGCGUACGUUCUAUGAUAACCAGGGGCUACGAGAGUGUCAGGAGCGGUUGAGCGCCCAGAGGGUCUUCUUUUUUGAUGUCGAGCUGAGCUUUAGAAGGCAGUCAGGCCAGCACCGUCUCUUGCUAGAAUCGAUGCCCAUAAGUGCUUUCGAGGAGCUGUGGCAACUUCGCCUACGCAUUAGCCCUAAUACGGAUAGAAGUCAGCGGAAGCUUAGUUACAGUCUUAUGCUCAUGACCGUGCCAAAGGAGUCGCUGUAUGUUUCAUUCUUUGUCAACGUGCCGGAUCGAGCGGAUACAGCUAAACAGCUGAUGGAUAUUGAGCCGCUGUUGCACAAGCAACGCUUUCGUCUGGCCGAACAGUCCAGCGGUUUUAAGGAACUGACUUUUCGCUCCCCCGACGCCAUUUACCGUCUGUUGGCCAUGCAACCGGUUUGCUUACGCCUGUGGAUAUUCAUGAAUACCCCAUAA